AUUCCCUCGCCGCCUCGCUCCUGAUGUACCAGACAAACUACUUUGGGAAUCAGUGGGGGCAUCGUGCCCCGCUCACGCUCACAGCGACUCUGUGGUGAUGUGUCUAUCCGUCUGUGCAGUUGUGUUGUGUGUGUCUAACCAGAUGUCUUUAUUAAAAGGCCAAGGUCACAAGGAAACACGGCGAUCUAUGAAUCUGCUACAGACUAACGGAGAGCGAGAUGAAGUGUAACACGAUCGCUUUACACGGCUGACUGGGCCAAAACAUUUACCCCCGUGAUCUAUUGUGUGUUUGUAUCUUUUGUCUCUUUUUUCUAGAGGUAACACACACCUCUGCACUGUCAACUAGCUAACAUGUAUUUAUCAUAAAUGCAUUAUUCAUACGUGCAUGGUUUGCACCACACAGCAGCAGCAGCAAACAUGAGUAGAUUUCGGAGCUCAACCAGACCUUCACCCUAACAGACGCCCACAGUGGCAGCAAAAGGACAGAUAAUAAUCAUUGGGGCUGAGUGUCAGCUGGGCUCAGUGGAGCUGCUGGAGGCCCGGCCACAGCGGCGUCGGCGCCUUGUAAAUUGGCUGUUGGAGAUUUGUAAUUGCCCAAAUUCCAGCGAGUGCCUGUAGCUCUACAGUACAUCUGAGCAACGCAACCCUUCUGUUGCCAAGAAAAACACCAAAGCUGGGGAAAAAAAAGUACAAAGCAUAAACAUUGACUCGGAACGAGUUGCAGUGUGUUUUUUAAAACGCAACGAAGCUGCACCGAAUGAGCAAAUCCACGGCGCGAGCGUGAGCGGAGCCACAGCGAGGAGCCAUAACCGGCAUCUUCAGCGGAACAUUGUCACUUAGAGGCCGCCGCAGGAAACAUUGAGGGGUAAUAAGACACGGCGCCGUUGCAGCAACACUGCUUUUGGCAAAUUUUUCGUUUUCCCGCAGCUUUUCCCUUUUCCGCCUGCAGACGGAGGACCUCGCUUUUAUUAGAAAUCAGGACAAAAACCCAGCAGCGGACUUCAGAUUCUGACACGGAGUUAGCACUUGUGGGAGACGCAAGCUCCGUGAUACAGUAGAGUGAGAUGAAAACUGCCCCUCCAGGUUGGAGACUGUGUCAAUACCACUGCGAGACAUCUGUCAGGGAGCGAAAGCGGAGCCCGACGCCGGAGCACGUGACCCGACAACCGGCGGUUCCGACGGCACCGCUACGGUCAGUGCCCUCGUGCUGCCACCCGACGCCUCCCGCUCCGUCUUUGUCGUCCUCUGUACUGAUUGCUAUGCCGCGAGCUUGUCACGGGGCGGAUGAGUGAUGGAAGCCCAGAGCCAGCAAGGACACGAGGAAGGAAACACCGGUUCCUACAAGGCCUGAAUAUUAAAGGGGGGGCCAAAGAUGUGCUGUGUCGCCCCCUGUUGGCUGUUUGGAGUAUUGACGUCUGCUUCCUCAACGCAGGCAUCUCCAGCGUGACAGGACGUCUGACACUGAGCCGUCACAUUAGGGCAACUGUGCUAAACUAAUAAAUCCCUGCCUGGCUAUUAAUAAAGGCUUAAAUUCAAAAAGUUUAUUGAAGAUUAAAUCUGGUACACUGGCCAACCACUGGUUGACCAGCAGAUGGCAGCAGAUUCCUUGUUUCGGCCUCAGACUCAUCUGAUGAAAGUAACGGACAGUUCACUCGUUGUGGAGGACCGUCCAAGCACGGGGUGUGUUUCUUUCCAGGCCUUGAUUGGUUCAAAGUUUUCCAGUAGUCCCCACCCAGAGCCCAUCACUGAGCCUUGCUCUAUAAAGUCUCUGUUGAUGGGAAAGUAAACUUAUUAUGAAGUGCGCACCCGAGAUGGACUGAUAGAACCGAGUUGGACGGGAGCCUGAGUUCAACACUGGACUUAUUUUUUACGGCGGAGCCCUCGGAUUUGUUUUUUUAACGGCUUUCCAACGCAUCCUCCGCGCGCGCCAUGGCCAACUCGUGUCUCCAGCUGAGCGGCUUCCUCCUCAGCUGCCUCGGCUGGCUGGGCAUCGUCAUCGCGACGGCCACCAACGACUGGGUGAACAUGUGCAAGUACGGCUUGAACACGUGCAAGAAGAUGGACGAGCUGGGGGCCAAGGGGCCGUGGGCCGACUGCGUCAUCUCCACGGGGCUCUACCACUGCGUGUCGCUCACGCAGAUCCUGGACCUGCCAGCCUAUAUCCAGACCACUCGUGCCCUGAUGAUCACGGCGUCCAUCCUGGGUCUCCCAGCGGCGGGAAUGCUCCUCAUGUCCAUGCCGUGCAUCAGCCUCGGCAGCGAACCUCAGAGCUCCCGGAACAAACGCACCAUCCUGGGAGGGGUGAUCAUAGUCAUAGUUGCGCUGUGUGGGAUGGUUUCCACAGUGUGGUUUCCCAUCGGGGCGCACCAGGAGCACGGCCUCAUGUCCUUCGGCUUCUCCCUGUACACGGGCUGGGUGGGCACCAUCUUUUGCCUGCUGGGCGGCUCCAUCCUCGCCUGCUGCUCUGCCGAGCCGUCCUCCUACCAGGACAGCGGCCGCUUCUACUACUCCAAGCAGGGCGGCGGCGCCCAGCCGUCCGCCGCCUCCGCCGUCACGCACGCCAAGAGCGCCCACGUGUGAAGCGGCGGCGUUGACCCUCACGCGGACGUGUAUGUGUAUAUAGGGUUUGUACAUAGAGACGCAGCUACACACGCCAGGAGGAGGAGGGGACACACAACCACCCUCACCCACUCAAACAUACAAGCAGGAGACACAAGGACUGUUUUGUUGAAGCUCUUUUUCCACCAGUGGACUGAGUGGGCGUGGUGUGGACGCUCCCAGUUUGUUCCACAGCUGUGCACAGCUGGUAACGGCUGCACACCUGCCUGACAUCUUAAUCAUUGGAGGGAGCUCAUUUGGACUGAAGUACUGAUUUGUAUGUUACCUUUGUUUUCCUAUUAAGAUUAUUACUAUUACUGAAAUCUUUUGUUUGUUGAUAAAUGUUUUACAAUCUUUUGAUAAUGUGAUCUAUUGUUUUUAAUUAAAGCAGGGUUUGACAGUAUUAUUCUUGAAGUUAAAUAUGGUGCGUUCAUAAUGCUGAUUGAGUUUAUAUAUAUAUAUAUAUAUAUAUAUAUAUAUAUAUAUAUAUAUAUAUAUAUAUAUAUAUAUAUAUAUAUAUAUAUAUAUAUUGUAUGUAGUGUGUGGUGAUUUAAUUUGCCUCUUGACUGAUAGACUUAAUUACAAUUAUGGAUGUUACUUCAUCCAUAGUCUGAAAUUGUGUAAUUUUUUUUAGAAUUAACUGUUUGAAUCUGCAAUAAGAUUUUUCUAUUUCCUAAUCAAAUGCUAUCAUGCAAAUUUCUUUGAGUAACAUGCUCCUAUUUUAGGCUCUAAGAUGUGUAAAAUACAAUAAUAUUUUGUUAUCAUGUGCGCCAAAUAAUCAGUCGUAAGUAAAUUAGCUUCUGUGGGAGAGCGGGGACUGAAAUGUUUAUUGUUUUAAGCACGGAACCUGAUCUUCUCAAGCUAAUGGAACCGGAUAUUUCCAUCUCAGAUCUAUAUGGAAGCAGUAUUACCUUGUUAUUUAUUGUUUCGCUGUUGUGCUGUUGUUGAUUUUCUAUAAUAAAGACAAAAAAAAAGUCAA